AUUCACAGUCUCAGAUGGCGAAUGUGUGUGUGAGAAGUGCAUUUCGGAGAUUGUCUCUACUGUGUCUCUCUGCGACGACGCUCGUCUCUCUAGGCCACUGCGUUCAGUUCGUGCCUCUCGACCAAGGUCCCAACUCGUGGUGGAGCCGAAACUUUCCUAAUCAAACAGACACGAGCGUCUGUCCUGACUUGGAGAGUCCUGAAAACGGCAGUGUUGAAGUGGUUGGGCACACGGCUACGUAUUCCUGUGCUGCGGGAUACUCUUUGUACGGAGAAGACUUGCUCGAUAGUAACCGUGCAUGUAUACUAGGAGAGUGGCUCGGUGAUGAGCCCGCGUGUAGACUGGAUGGCGGCUGGACUGGUUGGACCCAGUGGAGUGAGUGUACUGUGUCGUGUGAUGGUGGGACGAGAACGCGGGAGCGUAUGUGUACAGCUCCCGUUCCAGAAUUGCCUGGUGGAAAGAAUUGUAGCGGGGAUGCAGUUGAGCAGGAAGAUUGUAAUCCAGACCCAUGUCCGGAAUGCAAGGCUCUACAGAGGAAUUUAAGAAUAGGACUGCUGACACUGACACUUGGACCCACAGGAGAUAUCAUCGUAUUCUCUUGUCCUGACGGUUACCGAGUGGUGGGUAACGAAACACAAGUCUGCAACAAAGACACAGAGCUGACAACAGUCAAUCAAACGUGUGUUCAAACAUGCCCUCCGUUGUCUGCACCUACAAAUGGCUCGAUAGAAAUUGAUAAAGACAAUCCAGACAUUGCGCGAUUCACGUGUAUUAUUGGAUUUAAUCUGAAAGGUUCGCCACAGCGUGUUUGUGCAGAUGGUUUCUGGAGUGGAUCAGAUGUUGAGUGCAUUCAAGAGUUGAUCACUACAGGCACAGUGACACCAGUUGGCACUAAUCCUUCCAUAGGAUUGGGUGUAGGCAUUUUCGACAUUCUGAGUCCUAGCAUUCCCAUUUCCAGAUGUAAUGGAUCAGUUACGUUUAAUCUGAGAACGAGCACCAAAGAGGAGCUUCUGAAGUUGGAAGUAAGUCUGCUACUAGUAAAGAAAGACAAUCAAUUGGUUGAGCCCCCAAUAGCAACAACAGAAGAACAGGUGUCAAGUCACAGCUACUCUGAGUCUGCCAGUUCUGCAUGUGUAACAGUGCAUUGUAGUGAUCUGAACAACAACGUUAGCUUGCCAACAGUCGGACGUGUUCGAAUCACUGUCACCGUUGUGGGUGGCUCAGCUGAGAUCAGUAAUGUGAACUUUGCUGAUGGACAGCCCUGUGAUGUCACAGUAGAUGAAGAAACUGUGGGCACUUGCGAUAACACCUCAAAUGGUGGAGAUUGUGGCUAUCGAAACACCGGAUGUGGCUCCAGUGACUGGACUUUGUUCUCAAACAUCACCGAUGAUGUAGAAAGUGAUGGCGAAGGGAGCACUGAAUUAGUAUCACUUCUCACUAAUCGGACGGAAUCCUGUCCAGUCUUCAUCUGUCUUCCGUGUCUCAAAAAGUCUGGAUUUGCAAUUUCAGCCAGUAAAUCUAGCAACUCAGCUGAGAGCAGAAAGAAGAGAGCUUUAGCCAAAAAACAAUUCAUAACGUCACAUCCAAGUUCUUUCUGUUUGUCGGAUGGCCAAGGUGAAAAAAGUCCAGGGUUUAUCACCAUCAGUCCUAACAACAAAUACAUGUCAUUUGAUUACAUUAUGUUUCGUCUUGGGAUUCACCAGCUGAUAGUCUAUGUCAAAUGUCAAGGCUCACUGCAUUACAUUCACUUGCAACAAGACUGCUCAGUCUUUAGUAUUUUGAACCUUGAUAAAUCUGGAACAAGAGGCAGUGCAUGUCUAGAUCUUCACAGAAAUGUCGGGGAAUACUACAGCCAAUGCAAACGAAUUAGUAUCUACGUGCAAGGAUACUCUCUGGGCAGCAAAGUGUGCUUUUCGAAUAUCAGAUUUCAUAAAUAUGAGACAUCAUGUCCACAAGGCGGGAUUGUUAAAAGGAAUGAACGCCCCAUAGGUUCAACAAUCAACUGUAAUCGAUGAGUCAGGCAAGAAGGUACAUAUACCUGUGGUCACUUGAAUACAACUUAAAUCGUUUGUGUGUAGUUAAUGUUGCGUUGUGUCUUCUAUAAGCAUUUACUGGCAUUGAUCGGUGUUGAAAACAGAACAGAAACAAUUGAGAUUUAGAGAAAUGCUUAAUUACUUUUGGGUAAUGUCAAGAUUAGAAUUUGCUAAAGCACCAACAAGUCACAACACAUGCUCA